AUGACCAAUAAGAAAGCCCGUGAUGUUGUCGAUGCCCUCGGAAUUAGGGAUACAGACAGGUCAAUUACGGAGAUCAAGGAGUCGUGGGCACGUUUCAAUAAGAUGGGGAAACAUUUAGAUGCGCUAUGCAAGGAAAUGGGUACAGGGGCUUUGUUCUGGUUGCAUCGGGAGUUGUCGGCGAAUUUCGUGUUGAACAUCAUGAACAAUAGUGGGGACACUUUCAACGCCGCUAUCCAGCAUUUGCAUGAUCUCGGACUCAAAGAGAAAGCUGAAAGCUAUGGCAAUUUGUUAGGCGAUAAUGUCCGGUUAUAUAUGGCUCGCCAGUUCCAGAUUGACGCUAUUCGGAAGAAGCAAUGA